ACCUAACCACACGUGUUUCUGGUGCUUUGCAAACUUUUGUGAGCAUUCUCCACACCGCUUCCAUUCGAUUGCUCGUCGUAUUCGUCGUUGCUGGCGAUGGCGAUGGUUGGUGUUAGUUCUAUGCCAUCAUAUACUGUCCAGGAAGCAACAAGACAGUCCACGCAAGCCUGGCGUAAUGAUCUUACCAACCUCUUUCACCAAGCAAAGGAUCGAUUUGCAGAUGUCGUUUGGGAACUCCAAUCCGACGAUAAUGACGAUGAUCAUGAUGAAGUUUGGGGCCACAAAGCUAUCGUUUAUGCACGCGCCCCGCCUUCCUUUCAGCAACGCUACUUUCAAUUCCGCCCCCCUCCUAUCACCUCCCCGACACCCUACUCUACUAGUCCUUCCCCAGCGCCAGCACAGUCUGCCAUGUCCUUGAGUCUUACUCUGGACUAUGCCCAAACGUCUCGUUCUCCAUCUCCGUACCGUUCAUCAUCCCCUUCACCCUCCACCAACCUCAAUGCCGUCAUGCGCAUACCAGCCAUUAGCAGCACAACACUGUUUUCGAAUGAGUUGGAAUAUCUGUACACGGGUGAGGGACUUGGCGAGGCUUUUGAAUUUCUCUUUGAUACCUCAGAGUCGCGUGAGCUUGUUGAUGCGGAAGAGAACCGUGUUGACAAGCUGCGCAAAGACCUUGUGUUUAUGUGGCGAUCUCGUCUCUAUUCUGACGUGCGCAUCGCCCUAUCUGGUACAUUUUCUUCGACAAAUCACGAGCCAGCAAUCGCUAUUUUUUCUUCUCACCGCUUCAUUCUCGUGUCCCGCUCCCCCUACUUCCAUGCGCAGCUCUUGAACUGGGCACAGCCAGCAAAGCCUGGCGAACCAAUCACAGUCACGCUCCCCUCACCUCCUUUUACCCCCGCCUCACUCCAUUUUACUUUGGGGUAUAUCUACACGGGCACCCUCGUGUUCUCCCACCGUACCUACGACCUGGACACCGCGUUCGCGAUCCUUAAGUCGGCAACGUACCUGUCUUUGGACGGGCUAGUCGCUGAAAUACAGGCCCGUAUCGUGUACGAGAUGAUUCAUGGGCUGUUUCAUGCAUCUCUCGAAUUCAACGAAUACGAGCGCAUCACGGGAUCCAAGUGGGGUACUGGCGGGUGUCGGUGUCGACAGUGCGCCCGGAGAGCACCACGUGUACUCGAAUUCGCGCUCGCAGAUGAUGUCAAGAACACUUAUUUGGAACGGGGCGCGCGGCGGGCACUCGUAGGCUUGUUCGGGGAAGGCUGGUGCAUCUCUGAAUUCGCAUCGCUUCCGCAGAAGAUUCGGGAAAACCUGCUCAAGGGUCUGGCAAAGCGGACGACUCCGAUGAAUGUAUUUCCCCUGUUAUUCGCCGCACAGCACGCGAUAAAGAAGCUUGAUUCUGUCAUUGAUGCCUGGGCAGAUACAUCGCGGGAGAUGAUACUACAGGCGCGGAAGGCGAUCGAUGAAUGCCUUGUGAGUCAGAGUGCUGAGUGUUUCGAACAGGAUGACUGGCUACAGGUCAUGGAGGCAGAUGGCGAGAGGUUUGAUGAUGGCGAGAGGGUUACCUGGGUGAUGGAGGCGAUCAAACGCGGAAUGGUUGAGAAACACGCUGGAACAAUGUAUCAGAGCCUUGUGAAUAUCCUCCUACGACCGCACCCAACAGAUGAAGAUGCUGCCAUGCUCUCUGCCACCUCACACAUCCGGGUGCAAGUUGAGGACGCUCGUGCAGAUCUCAUUCGGUACAUCCGAAAGCGUUGGAUGGGCACGCGCCAGCAGGGUGGUUUCGAUGGUCUUGAGGGCUGGGCCAUUAAAGAGAUCUCUCAGGAACUGGAAGUCUCUGUUGAAGACCUCAUAUCACCUGCUCAGCCCUCGCACCUCCGGCGCACUGCCUUCCGCAAGUCAUCCGUAGCUGGAGAUGCGGACUCUGAUACACUUAGUGUGCAUUCGCUGCGCGCAUCUGUGUUGAGCCGUAAUAUCAACAACCCUCACAAGCAUGCCCGUGAGCCUACAUCAUCAUCAUAUGCGGCGAGUGUGCGCACCAUUGGACGUUCGUCUCCUCGUAAUGCUCCGAUUCCCAAGCCUAGCGAUAUACGCCCUGACUCUAAACUCACACCUGAGUCGCAAAGCAUCAUAUCCGUACGAUCGAGUACGACGGAGAAGGUUAUGCAGCGCAAGACGCCCUCACCUCGUACAGGCGAUAUCAGUCCCACGCCAAAUGGGACCAAGCCCGCGCUGAGUAAAAUUAUCACUUCUUAUACACCUUCUCCAAAGCCAAAAUCGAUUGCACCCUCGGUGCGUUCACGUGUUUCCGCCGUCCGUUCCUCCACGAGAGAGUCCAUGCUCCGUAUUCCAUCUUCUCCUCGCCCGAAUUCGAGUUUGUCGAGUGCGAUAAGCGACGCUACCUUCAGGACUGCUCCCUCUGAAAUGAUCACGCCUCGCUCAAGGAAGGUGUCUGGAGGAUCCACCAUAUCAAAUGUAAGCGCGAGGACAGUGGGGACGAACAGAGGCACUCCUGUGAGAGAAAGAUUGUCAUCUACUGCAUCCACUUCAACAACAAUGACCUCUGCCGUCGCCACACGAACAUCCAUCCGUCGCGGAGCAUCCGAAUUUACCAAGCUGACUCCCACCAAGCGUACAGCCGCCAAAACCACCACACCCUCACAAAAGAAACCGCUCAGCAGAGUUACCGAGAACCACUCUCAAAAAUCACCUUGCAUCACGCUUAGCGACCUCGACAAGGGCAAGGACCGCGAGACGAUCAAGCUCGACGAUAGUACCAACUCUCCGACGCAGGAUGGGGCAUCUCCUGCAGCAGACUCUCCUCCCGCACUCACCCGCCGCGGGUCAUCAGACACCAUCACUACAAGUGUUCGGACUCCCGAACAAUCAUCUGCCUCCCCGGAAGAGGCGAACGUUUUAGUUCAGCUCCGUGGUGCGACGCUCGAUGUUGGCAUUCCGUGCAUAGUGUCAUCGAAGCGCAAACGUUUCAAGGCAUUUGCACGAUAUAUUGGUGAAGUUGAGGGCGAGCUUGGACCCUGGGUCGGCAUCGAAGUACCACUGGAGGCCUGGGUUGGUGACCCGUCAGACGGCCGUCAAUGGAACGAUGGGUCCUGGGGCGGCAUCCGUUAUUUCGAUAUUGGGAAUAAUGGGUCAGAGUGGGAGUUUGGUGCAGAUGAUUAUCAGACGCACAGACGGCGGAAGAUGGACUGGAUGAACGGAUCAGGGAGGGAUAAUCGCGGACUCAAACGAGAAGGAGACCAGUUGACCGUAGGCAUAGACCGUACUAAGCGGAUGCGAAGCUCGUCGCCUGCAGCAUCCGACCUGUCGACAUCCGAGUCCAGGGGACUAUUUGUCCGACCACAGCAGGUCCUAUACGUCGUGGACGCUGUCGGUGCUGAUCUCUGAUUUUCAAAAAGAUAAAUGGGACAAUUUCUCUUCUGUGUUUUUUUUUUUUGAUACCGCCGUGAUUUGCUUUCAAGUCGUCAUGUUUUGAUUUUGCACUUUCACGUUACACACGAUCCUUGCAUUGGUAUACCAGACACUCGCGCUUCCCUUCCUCCUUUGCAUACAUUACUGAUAACCAUACACUAACUUUUUUUUACUGUCGGCAGAUUAUUGAUUAGUAUGGAAGAUAGGUAUACGUGAGCACACCCGUGCUGGGAAUGCGAAGGUUUUUACAGGAUUUAGUUCCCUGGCGAUGGUCUCAUUCCCACUCCGUGCUACGAUGAGGAGGAGUUUUCUCUUGCUAACA